AUGCAAACUCCCCCCCUAGAAUUAGUAGUAGUAGUAGUAGUAGCAACUGCAGCAGGACUAGCAGCUGCAGUAACUGCAGCAGGAGUAGGAAGAGUAGCAGCAGCAGCAGCAGCAGCAGUUGCAGAAAUGGCGUUAGGAGGGCAGCAGCAGCAGCAACAGCAGCGGCUGCAGCAGCCACAACAGCACCAACAGAAGCAGCAGCAACAGCAGCGGCAACAACAGCAGCAACAACAGCGGCAGCAACAGCAGCUGCAGCAGCCCCACGCGAAAGAUUCUGUCGCCAGCGAAUUCAGAAAUUCAGCGGCCUCCAGGAAUGCCUGCGCAGCAGCAGCAGCAGCAGCAGCAGCAGCAGCACAAAGAGAGUCAUAA